AUGGAGGAUACUGCUGCGACUGUGGACUACACUGUAAUCCACCCUAUGCCAGGCCACGGCAAGCCACUCGACUACACCCCCAAGAAGGGUGAAGACCCUCUCUAUAUCGGGGAUCCUUUCCCUUCCGCACUGUCGCCUGGUGAUAUCGACGAAGGAGGGCGUGCAAUCCUCCCGUUGACGACCCUGCGCGAGUUCAGCAUGUUGCAAUUCAUGAAUGCGAUUACUGAUAAAGAGGAUUGGCAUAUCAAGGUGUGUGUUGAGGUUGAGUUUUGGGAGAUGGAGGAUUGGGCUUACUGGGUUCUUCAGGUACUCAACGACGAGAUUGCGAAUAAGUGGAAGGCUGAGGCCAUCGAAGCUGCUCGAGCUGCCCUGCGCAAGCAAUGGGAGGUCGAGCGGGGCCCGCCUGUGCCCACUUCCAGCGUGGGUGAUGAUGCUGAUACUGGAGAUAACGAGGGUGGAGAGCCGGUGCAAGAUGACGGCGACAAUGAUCAGGAGGACGAAGAAAGCGACGACGGUAAUGGCAACGGGAACAACAACGCCAACCUCGACGCAUGGCCCAUCUACACCGUCCGACGCGAUGAAUCGGCGAUGACGCCCGCCAUGGCCGACUUUUGCAUCGAGGAGCUGCGCCAUAAAGCCCACUCUUUCCAGAACUCGCCCAACGGCGCGAUCGUGGUGUACAACGGGAACGUCGUCAAGUCCGACACGGCUGUCUCUCCAGAGGUGAAGGCCGCAUUGCGAAAGGCGGUUGAACCACUCGAGAACGUGCCGGCUCAGCACAAGGAUUGGCACCCUGGUUCCGAUCAGCAGGUGUUGGACCUCGUGCACCCCAGCUUGUUCCCGCUGGCGUAUGGCAAGUCCAAGGUCCUCCCCGUGGGCGCCAAGGUGACCAGUUUGGAAGCCGGGGAUGCGGUCAAGCGGUGUGGUGAAGGAGAGGUCCUUCCAGUUUUGACGCUGCCAGCUGAGGAACGAAGACACUACUGGGGUCAGCAAAACCAAAGGUCGAGGUUUAGUAACAAGUUCCAAUGGCUGCCUUGUGAGGUAGAUCUGUCUGGUGAGAGAGCCAAGAUUCUCUCGUAUAUCAAUAAUUUGCAUCCUGAACUGCAUCAGGACUUGUAUCGCGUCGUGGAGGAUGUCAUAACGGCCACCAUCCCCCUCUGGGACCUCACGCUUGCACCCCUCGCGGAUAGGAGCUACGAAUACCCUCAACGCAUCGUCUACGAUGAAGUCAUACAUGACCCUGAUCCAGAAGAGAUCCCUGAUGACGAGGGAGGUCCAGGACCUACUGGCGAAGAAGACGAAGACGAUGAGGACUGGUGGGAUCUCAGGCAGGAAUGGAUCGAGAAGUUCAGGAGGGUCGUUCUGCCUGACGUUGAGAAGCCUUUUGAUCCCGAGACGUUUGGGAGGACCCCUGCGCCGUUCUCGCUGAAGAACAUUGGGAAGGGUGGGAGGCCCCUGCAGGUUAUUGUGAAGCUUGCGAAUAUCGAGUUGACGCCUGAGAAGCCGAAAUAUCCUGGGGGCACUUGGCAUGUUGAGGGACAGCUGAACGAGCAUAUCGUCGCCACGGCACUAUACUACUACUCUUCCUCAAACAUCAGCUCCUCCUACCUCGCCUUCCGCCAACUGUCCGACCCUGAACCGGCCAACGAGAUGCCCUACCCUCAAAGCGUGCACGACUGGCUCACCGACGUCUACGGUUGCGCGAACGAGGAAGGGGCCGUGCAGGACGUUGGCUCCGUGCUCACCCGCGAAGGGAGGCUCCUGACAUUCCCGAAUAUCUUGCAGCAUCAGGUGCAGCCGUUUGAGUUGGAGGAUAAAACCAAGCCGGGGGUUAGGAAGAUUUUGGCGCUGUUCUUGGUGGAUCCGCAUGUGAGGGUGGUGAGUACGGCGCAUGUGCCGGUGCAGAGGAUGGAUUGGUGGAGGGGGGAGUUGGAGGGUGGACAUGUGUCCUCAUCGUCGAGCGCCCAUUCCUCUUCGAGCGCUAGGCCUGGACAAGGAGGAAGUGCGGCGGUGUUGAAGAAAUUGCCCGUGGAGCUGCAGGAUCAUGUGUAUGAGGAGGUGGAUGGGUUCCCGAUUAGUCUCGCGGAGGCGAAGAAGUUGAGGGAGGAGCUUAUGGAGGAGAGGAAGGCGUUUACUGUUGACCAUGGGAAACUGUUUGGGAGCGGGGUUACGUUCUCGCUUUGUGAGCAUUAG